GCAGGUCGCCAUAUUAAAACCGAGAGGAACCGCGUAUACAAGUCGGUCCGCCUCUAGGAUCGCAAAGGGCCCUUUCUCCUAAAAACAGAUCUAGAUUGAACUCCCUUUACCCCUAAAACCAUCUAUGCAUCGGGCUGAGUAAGACAUUUUGAUCUCAGACAGGAGUUGUCUGGGAGGGAGGAUUUGUUUCAGUGUGUUUUGAGAGAUGAGUACUCUGGCCCAGCGGAGCUCUGGCCUGGUGCAGAGACGCACCGAGGCUUCUCGCAGCGCCGCAGCCGCAGAUCGAGAGCGCGGAUCCGGCGACGAGGACUACGAGCCCCGCCGGGGAGACGAGCCGGACGACGAUGACAGCGGCGACUCGAAGGAAACCAGACUGACCUUAAUGGAGGAAGUGCUGCUGUUGGGGCUAAAAGACCGCGAGGGCUACACCUCGUUCUGGAAUGACUGCAUUUCAUCAGGCCUGCGGGGCUGUAUGCUCAUUGAGCUGGCUCUACGUGGAAGGUUACAGCUGGAGGCCUGUGGUAUGAGAAGAAAAAGCCUGCUGGCCAGGAAGGUUAUAUGCAAAUCAGACGCUCCAACUGGGGAUGUGCUGUUAGAUGAGGCUCUGAAACACAUAAAAGACACUCAGCCGCCUGAGACUGUGCAGAGCUGGGUUGAGUUACUCAGUGGGGAGACAUGGAACCCACUAAAGCUUCAUUAUCAGCUGCGUAAUGUCCGAGAGCGCCUGGCCAAGAACCUCGUGGAGAAGGGUGUCCUCACCACCGAGAAACAGAACUUUCUUCUCUUUGACAUGACCACACACCCACUUACCAACAAUAAUAUUAAACAGCGCCUUAUUAAGAAGGUGCAAGAGGCUGUGUUGGACAAGUGGGUGAACGACCCUCACCGAAUGGACAAGCGCGUUCUGGCCCUUAUUUUCCUCGCCCAUUCCUCUGACGUGCUAGAGAACGCGUUCGCACCGCUACUGGACGACCAGUACGAUCUGGCCAUGAAGAGAGUACGACAGCUGCUGGACCUUGAACCUGAGGGUGAAAGCUUGAAGACCAACACCAACGAGCUGCUGUGGGCUGUGGUGGCUGCCUUUACCAAAUAAAGCCGGUUCAGUUCUGGUAAACGUGUAGCGUGAAUAUAUGAACGAUUGGACUGGUGAAAGCAGGUUGGAGAAAUGGUGAGAACCCUAGUGUGUCAAACUGGACAUUCCUUUUCUUGUAGAUACUGUAUCUCAUGUUCUCUUCUUUCUGCAAGAUUUAUCGUUGAGUUUCUCUCUCUUUUUUUGAAAACACACAGGUUCUUUUCAUUGUUUGUUCAGUUGAAUGCAAUCAGGUACAAACUCACCAUAGACUGUUGAAAGGUGAAACUGAUGCAUCACUGGGCAAAAUGUUUUUGCUAUUUUCUUGCCUUGACAUCGGGUUGGGUACCUAACGGAUUUUACAAUCAGAUUUAUUUUGCACUAAUUUCUGUUUAGUCUUCAGUUUCAUGUAUAGUUAAUUGGACUUCAUUGUAAUAUGUGACAAAGCUGUGUCCACUUCCAUUAAAGCAGUACCUGCAUAUGGUACAACUUACCAGAUUUACUAAAAAAUAAAGUACACUCAGUGUAUCAAAUAUUUUAAUUCAAUCGUUUGUCUUGUCGUAUUGAUAAUGCAGCUUGAAAAGAAACCAAAAAGGUCUAGAUCCUAUUCUGAUGAUAAAAUGUGCAGUACAUAUAGGUGGCAAGUGACACAACUAAAACAAAGAAAGCAGCCUAGAGCGAGUUCAAACCGCAUUGAGAUCCAAACGCAGAGAAGAAACUGUAGACUAUUGGGAAACCUGGAUGGGAUGGGACUUGACUGUUUACAAGCAAGGGGAUUAGGUCGUUUAUGUUUGAAGGUUAGAAAGGUAUUCAAACGAAGAGCUUUUGCCGACCUGAAUUCCAUUUCUUCAAAAUCAUAUAGAUAACAGCACGUACGGAUUCUGUCUUUCUGCCCUAAAAACUUUCUCUCUCUACCUCUCAGACAUCACUCAUUUAUUCUCAUGAGUUCUAAAACUAUAACUUUUUCUUGUGUUAUUAAGAGAUUUAACUUAAUGUACUUUAAUGUGCCUGAGAUUGGGUACAGAAUGGGUUGCUCUCAAGGUGCAAUAUGUACUGCAGCUCUUCGUUAUGUGGAUGUCAAUGAGGCUCGAUACAGAAAGCAUUGUCUCCAUACCCUUUGUACAAAAUGACAGAUAUGAAAUAAAUCCACAUAUAUUUGAUUUUUGCUUUUUGAAAAUCUGUAUGGCAGACGUUGUCAUUUUUAUUGAUGAUUUUAUUUUCAUCGAUGAAAUUUUUAAUGUUUAAAGAUAUAAUGACAUUAUAUAUGUUCUCCCAACUCUCAACAAACCUUGGACUGAAAGAUCAUAGCCUUUAUAAAUGUGAUUUUUAUAUGUAACAGCAAAUUCCAUCAUUUUCUUGGCUCAGUAUAUUUUUGAUAGCAUUUUAUUAUUAUUAGAAACAGAAAGGUAGCUUAUUUGGCAUUAGAUAUGCAGGAUGGACUUGCUGUUACUUCAAGUUUAAUAUGUGUGGAGUUUCUUGUACUUCUUACCACAUGAGCAAACUCUUGUGUCAUCAUUUUGCCUGGCAUGUAAAGCAUGUCUUAAUUUCAGUUUUACACUAUGAAAUCUUCUGUUCAUUAUCAUAUUCCAAUGUAUGUUUGUUUUUUAUUCAUUUUUAUAGCAAUAAUUUAAGUAGACAUGCUUAUGUUUUGCUCUUUGUUUAAUGAUGGUAAAUGCUUGCUUCAGUCGUUUAUUGUAUGUAACAAUGGCUUGGGAAAUCAAUGUUUCAGGUGUCAGAAAUGAAAUAAAAGAAAAUUCAAAUCAAAUGUGUAGCUUUAGAAAUCACUAUAAAGGGACCCCAAUGUAUAUACUUUCUUACUACCAUGAAAUAAACUAUGGUCUUGAA